GACAUGGCCAGGGACCCUGACAACAUGUGGACAUGGGCAACCUUGGUGGUGCUGGCCACCAUGGGCACAGCCGUGACAGCGGCCACCAACCCUGGCUUAGUGGUCAGGAUCUCCCAGAAGGGCCUGGACUACGCCCACCAGCAGGGAGUAGCCAAGCUGCGGAAGGAGUUGGAGAAGAUCAAGAUUCCUGAUUUCUCUGGAAGCUUUAAGGUCAAGCAUUUUGGGAAAGGGCAUUAUAGCUUUUACAGCAUGGUUAUCCACGAAUUCCAGCUUCCUAGUUCCCAGAUAGGACUGGUGCCCAAUGUGGGCCUUAAGCUCUCCGUCAGCAACACCAAUAUCAAGAUCAGUGGAAAAUGGAAAGCACGGAAGAAUUUCAUCAAAGCCAGUGGCAGGUUGGAUCUGAGUGUAGAUGGUGUCUCCAUUUCAGCUGAUCUGAAGCUGGGCAGUGACCCCACCUCAGGCCAGGCCACCAUCAACUGCUCCAGCUGCAGCAACCACAUCAACAGCGUCCAUGUGCACAUCUCUGGCAGCAGUCUGGGGUGGCUGAUCCAGAUCUUCCACAAAAAAAUCGAGUCUUCACUCCGAAACACCAUUAACAGCAAGAUCUGCAAGGUAGUGACUAAUUCUGUGUCCUCCAAGCUGCAAACUUAUUUCCAGACUAUUCCAGUGACAGCCGUAAUAGAUGCCGUGGCAGGGAUUGACUAUCGUCUAGUGGCACCUCCAACAGUCACAGCUGAGAACCUGGAUGGACAGCUGAAGGGGGAGUUCUUCAGGCUGGCCCACCCCAGCCCACCUCCCUUUACCCCGCCAGUGCUGGCAUUUCCCACCAACCACGACCGCAUGGUGUACCUGGGCCUCUCUGACUACUUCUUCAACACAGCUGGGCUUGUGUACCAAGAGGCUGGAGUCUUAAAACUGGUCCUCAAGGAUGACAUGAUUCCGAAGCAAUCCAAAUUUCGACUGACAACUGACUUCCUUGGAAACUUCAUACCCCAGGUGGCCAAGAUGUUCCCCAGUAUGAAGGUGCAGUUGCUCGUAUCAGUCUCCUCUCCGCCACACAUGUCCGUGCAACCCACCGGCCUUGCUCUCGCCCUUGCCCUGGAGGCCCAGACCUUUGCUGUCCUCCCCAACUCCUCCCUCGCCCCCCUCUUCCUGCUUGGCAUGAGCACGAAUGCUUCUAUGGAGGUUGGUGCCAAGUCCGACAGGCUUGUUGGAGAGCUCAAGUUGGGCAGGCUGCUCCUGGAACUGAAGCACUCGGAUGUUGGCCCCUUCUUGGUUAAAGUGCUGGAGGCCGUCAUGAACUACAUUGUGCCCACCGUUGUGCUUCCCAAGGUUAACGAGAAGUUGCAGAAAGGCUUCUCUCUCCCGAUGCCCUCCCACAUCCAGCUCUACGACUUGGUGCUUCAGUCUCACCAGAAUUUCCUGCUGUUAGGUGCAGAUGCUCGCCAUUACUGA